UCCUCAUUCCGCCCACCCAAACCCUAAUUCUGACAAAACUGUACAAGAAGACGGAGGAACUCUUUCUCUCUCUCUCUCUCUCUCUCCAUCGCAAUUCGGUUGAAGUUUAUACAACUUUCUUCAGAAACAUACUGACGCACACAUUCAUAUCUACAUAUAUAUAUAUAUAUAUAUAGAGAGAGAGAGAGAGAGAGAGAGAAUGGGAAGAGAGGUGGAGGCGUCGUCGGCGGUGGCGUACACGGUUGAGCAGCUGGUAGCCGUCAAUCCUUACAACCCGGACAUCCUUCCCGAUCUGGAAAACUAUGUCAACGAGCAGGUUUCAUCGCAAACAUACAGCCUGGAUGCAAACCUUUGCCUCCUUCGACUCUAUCAGUUUGAGCCAGAGCGAAUGAGUACCCAAAUUGUUGCUCGCAUUUUGGUCAAGGCUCUUAUGGCAAUGCCUGCCCCAGAUUUCAGCCUUUGUCUCUUUUUAAUUCCAGAACGAGUGCAAAUGGAGGAACAGUUCAAAACAUUAAUUGUUCUUUCACACUACCUGGAGACUGCAAGAUUCCGUCAGUUCUGGGAUGAAGCAGCUAAAAGUCGUCACAUUUUAGAAGCUGUGCCAGGUUUUGAGCAAGCAAUCCAGGCCUAUGCAAUUCAUGUCCUUUCUCUGACUUACCAAAAGGUUCCAAGGUCUAUUCUUGCUGAGGCUAUCAAUAUUGAAGGUCUGUCCCUGGACAAAUUCCUUGAGCAUCAAGUCACAAACUUUGGUUGGGUUAUUGAGAAGGAUCACGGAAGGGGCCAACUCAUUAUACUUCCCCGGAAUGAGUUCAACCAUCCAGAGUUAAAAAAGGGCACCGCUGAUGGCAUUCCAUUGGAGCACGUCACUCGAAUCUUUCCCAUUCUUGGUUGAGCUAUGCAUGUUGAAGUUGUCAUGGUCCUUGGCGUGUGUGUUUAACCAAAUAUUAUUGCUAUUCUUACUGAGGUUUGUCUUUUAGUAGAGUUUUGGGCUCUUCCCCCUUCAAUUUGCCGAGGCACUACUAAAAUUAUAUUGGAUUUUGGUCACUUUUAUGUAUGCAAUCUUAGUUGAGCAGCUUAUGCUGCCAAAUGGCUUAGUCGUCUACGAUAUUUUUUUAAAGCAAUAGUUAUUGCACCUGCCAAAUCUUGAAUGUUA